AUGGAAGAAAUCGAAGAUAAACUGAGGAAACAAAUUGAAAGGGAGGGAAAACCAGUUAUACCUAAAGAAGAAUCAGAAGUUGCUGAUUCUAAUGUUAUUACGCCCGGGACCGAGUUCAUGCACAUGCUUUCAAACAAGCUUCAAAGCUAUAUCAGCCUUAGGAUGAGCGAAGACUCGUCUUGGGCAAAUAUUAAGGUUAUAUUGUCAGAUGAUAGUGUGCCUGGUGAGGGGGAACACAAAAUCAUGUCUUUUAUUCGAGCCCAACGUUCAUCUCCCGGUUAUGAUCCAAAUACCCGUCAUUGCCUAUACGGACAGGAUGCCGAUUUGAUAAUGCUUGCUCUGGCCACGCAUGAAAUCCACUUUUCCAUUCUAAGAGAGCAUCCGUGGCAAAAUUCAUGCUCUGAGCCCAUUAUCGAGUUGAAGAAUUUGGAUUUAUCGAAAAAAGUUCCUUGGAAAAUCCAAAAAAAGAAACCUUAUCAGUUUCUGAAUUUGUGGGUGCUGAGGGAAUACUUGGAGUUGGACAUGAGAAUUGCUCAAGUAGAGAAUUUCGCAUAUGAUGUCGAACGAAUAAUCGACGAUUUUAUCUUUAUUUGCUUCUUUGCUGGAAACGACUUCUUACCUCACAUACCAAGCCUCGAAAUACAUGAGGGUUGUAUGGACUUGCUAAUGCAUGUUUACAAGAAAGAAUUUCAUAAUUUGGGAGGUUAUUUAGUCGACAUGCAAAAGGUCGAUGAUAAAAAAGGCGGGUAUGUGAAGUUCAAAAGAGUCGAGAGGUUUAUACUUAUGGUGGGUGUGAAAGUUUUGAGCAACACUAAAGAGCUUAAGCAGAAGUUGAAAGACUAUCUUCGUAACCAGUCCGAUUUGUUCAAAGAUGGCGGUGUCGGAACAGAUAAGGUGAAAUUUGGCACACCUGGCUGGAAGGAAAGAUAUUACAAAGAAAAGUUUUCUCUUCAAACCACACAGGACAUUGAAGCAAUCAGAAGAGAUGUGGUAGCGAAAUACGGUGAGGGGCUUUGUUGGGUUCUGCUGUACUAUUUCUGUGGAGUUCCCUCAUGGACUUGGUUUUAUCCAUACCAUUAUGGUCCUUUGGCAUCUGACCUGAAAGGAUUAUCUCGAACAAGUGUGAAGUUUCGCAAAGGUUUGCCUUUCAAGCCCUUUAAUCAGCUAAUGGGGGUACUUCCACCUAGGAGCGUUCAUGCAUUACCGUCGGCAUACAAGUGGCUUAUGACCGAUGAGAAGUCGAAUAUAAUCGACUUCUAUCCAUCUGAAUUUGAGACGGACGUUGAUGGGAAGAGAUUUGCAUGGCAGGGCAUCUGCAAGCUCCCGUUUAUCGACGAAGAACGUCUACUCACAGAGACGAGGAAACUGGAGAAUGAACUUAAGGAAGAUGAGAAAGUGAGAAAUUUGCAGUCACUCGAUCGGUUGUUUGUGAGGCGCUCGAGGGAAGAUAGUCGACUCGUCUUGCACGGAGGAAAUAGAGCAGUGGCCUCAGAUAAAAUUAAGGAUGCAUUAAUGAUGGAUUUUGCUAAUAAUGAGGGCAUUAAAGGUAUUGUACACGUGAAGUCGGAGGACCUCGUUCGAGCUGAUGAUAGUAGAGACCAACUGAAAAACAAUUUAUGUAUGAUGUUCUAUGAGGUCGAUGAAGCGGUUCGGCACAUUCCAAGGCCGCUCGAAAAUGUUGACAUCCCGGAGAAGAUAGUGUACGAUGAGGACAUAAUCGAAACUACUUUAUGGCAUGAAUCCACUUAUAAUAACCGGUUUCAGAAUCGGAGACCGGUGGUUUGUCACGAACCUAUACCGAGUCUCGAUUCGCAAAAUAUUCGUGUUCCUGCUGGUCGCGGGUUCAGUGUAGGUCGAGGCAGAGCCAGCGAAGGGGCCCGGGCCCAAGUAAUACAAACACGGGCCGUGGUGGUCGAGGAGGGAGGGGUUGUUUUUCUGCAAGAAAUUGAAAAUCCAGAAAUUUUGCGGGCUUGUGAAGUUUUUUCGCGCCGCCUUACAUCCGUCGGGCGCCCCUGGGCUGCAGAGAUGAUUGGCUCGUGGGCGCUCUUAAGGUUGUUAGCAAUUUUCGGUCACGACUCGCGGAUCAGCUCUCCUUUCUCGACGGGCAUCUUUUGUCGAGUUGGCUGGCGAUUGGUUGUUGGUGUUGGGUUCGUGAGUGUCGUUUGUCGUCCUUUCGGUAGUCGGUGUAAAGGUUCAGCGGUGUCACCUCUCUUGGAGUCCAUUCAUUUGGGUGGGGGUUGUCGUUCUCCUCCGGCGGGCUGGGAUUUGUAUGGGGUUCUUUUGGUUUUGGGUGUCGUGAUUGUUGUCGGAGUUGUAUUGGGGGUGGGAUAUUGGUUGGGUCCCAGAGCUGUUUUAUGGGGGUGGCUUGCUUGA